GUGACCGGAGGCCCGAUUAUUCUUGAAGUCGACCACACUACCACCAUUGCAGAAGCGAAGAAGCUACUAUCCGAGAAAGAAAAGAUACCGAUGGAUUCGCAUAGAUGGAUCUUCGCCGGCAAGAGUCUCGAGGGUAGAUUCAACCAAAGAACUAUGCGUGAUUUCAACAUCCAGAGGGAGUCCACAAUUCAUCUCAUCCUACGUCUA